AUGGGGGAAGAGGAAGAUGGAAUGGCACGCAGACCUUCGACCUCGACUUCACAAGCCUUUUACAUGCAUCAGAAUGUAUUUGGAAAUCCAAAUGUCGACCAUCAUCCUCACGAUAUGAACUACCCUCCGCCGAGUAGUUUGGAGGAUUUCAUUAGAGUUGAAGAUUCAUUCGGGAUGCCACCUUAUACUCAAUACCAAUCGUCGAGUAAUUGGGAAGACUUGAGGCAAGAAACGCCUCCUGCGUCGAUGACACCAAAGAGUGUAGAAUCUGAAAAUGAAGCAAAUGUUGGAAGUUGUCAUGAUGCUGAUGAAAUGUUCUUCGACAUAAAUGAAGAUUUAAAGGGUACCACUGUUGUCCCGGAUGAUGAGGUACAAGUUGAACCACCAAGAUCCGAUAUGGAGUUUGGUAGUGAAAAAGAGCUUAUUGCCUACUAUAAGCAGUAUGCCAAGCAAGAGGGAUUUGGGGUAAGGACACAGAGGACUAAAAGAGAUGAUGAGGGGAGGCCUGUGUAUGUGACCAUUGGUUGUGCCCGUGGCGGAAAGUACUAUCCUAAGGCAAACACUAAUAUGUCGAAACCACGGGCAACAACUAAAACGGGUUGUAAAGCGAAGGUAAAUGCAACGUUGAAUAACAAUGAGAAAUGGGUUUUCACCACUGUUGAAAAUUCUCACAACCAUAUUACUGUGAGCCCCAAGAAAAGUAGACUAUUGCGAUCGCACAAGCAUCUAGAUGAAUACAGUCAAAGAAUCCUCGAGCUGAACGAUAGAGCCAGUAUACGAAUGAAUAAGAAUUUUUAUUCGCUUGUUGUUGACGCUGGGGGUUAUGAUAAUUUGGCUUUUCAAGAAAAAGAUUGUAGGAAUUUCAUGGACAAAGCUAGAUAUUUAAGGUUGGGUAAAGGAGGUAGCGAGGCACUUAAUGAGUAUUUCAAAAGAAUGAGAGAUCAGAAUGAUAGUUUCGUUUCCUACAUGGACGUGGAUGAUGAUGGAAGACUACGGAAUGUGUUUUGGGCUGAUGCACGGAGUAGAGCCGCCUAUGAGUAUUUUGGAGACGUUGUAUCCUUCGAUACAACGUAUCUAACAAAUAGGUAUGGUAUGCCGUUUGCUCCAUUCGUUGGUGUUAACCAUCAUGGCCAGUCCAUACUAUUUGGGGCGGGAUUGCUAUCAAGCGAGGACACACAUAGUUUUGUUUGGUUAUUCCGAAUGUGGUUGGAUUGCAUGAAGGGUAGGGCGCCGAAAGCUAUCAUAACCGACCAAGAUCAAGCGAUGAAGAAUGCGAUUGCUACUGUAUUCCCUGAAACUCGUCAUAGAUAUUGUUUAUGA